CUCACUCACUUGAACGGAAUGCAUUAACACCAACACACAGUAGCGGUAGUUUUUAAUAUUAUAACUUAAUGCUAAAAAUAUGAUACUGCAGACUUUUAGACCGGCUGUGGCCUUUCUUCGUGGCAGAAGCGCCAUAUGCAGACUUUACCAUGCAGAGAAAGUGGCGACAUUGGGCUCCCAGCCAGACACACAGUCUCCCGUGUAUCAGGAAAACUAUGAACGUAUGGAAGCUUUGGUCAAGGAGCUGAAAGACAGAGCUGAGACUAUAAAGCUUGGUGGAGGAGAGAGAGCUAGGAAACUGCACACAUCCAGAGGAAAGCUCUUACCUCGAGAGCGCAUUGACAAGCUACUGGACCCGGGCUCUCCAUUUCUGGAGCUGUCCCAGUUUGCUGCGUUUGAGUUGUACGGUAAUGAGGAGGUACCUGCUGGAGGAAUUAUCACCGGCAUUGGCAGGGUGUCCGGCGUGGAGUGUAUGAUAGUGGCAAACGAUGCCACUGUCAAAGGAGGAACCUAUUAUCCAGUUACUGUAAAAAAGCACCUUCGUGCGCAGGAAAUUGCACAGCAAAACCACUUGCCAUGUAUAUACCUGGUGGACUCUGGAGGGGCCAACUUACCACGCCAGGCUGACGUGUUUCCUGAUAGGGAGCAUUUUGGACGCAUCUUUUACAACCAGGCACGCUUGUCCUCAGAGGGCAUUGCACAGAUUGCUGUAGUGAUGGGUUCAUGUACAGCAGGGGGCGCCUAUGUCCCCGCCAUGGCAGAUGAAAGUAUCAUUGUGCGCAAACAAGGAACCAUUUUUCUUGGAGGACCUCCACUGGUCAAAGCUGCUACAGGUGAGGAAGUCUCUGCUGAAGACCUUGGAGGUGCUGACCUUCACUGCAGACAAUCUGGUGUAACUGAUCACUACGCCUUGAGUGAUGAACAUGCUCUUCACCUGGCUCGGAAAGCAGUGCGCAGCCUGAACUACCAGAAGAAACUGGAUGUUACUGUCGAACCUCCCGAGGCUCCAUUGUUCCCAGCUGAUGAGCUCUAUGGCAUUGUGGGAGAGAACUUGAAACGAAAUUUUGAUGUAAAAGAGGUGAUUGCCCGUGUAGUUGAUGGCAGUAAAUUCGACGAAUUCAAGGCCUUCUAUGGAGAUACACUGGUAACAGGCUUCGCACGGAUAUUCGGUUAUCCAGUCGGCAUUAUUGGCAAUAACGGAGUCCUGUUCUCAGAAUCAGCUAAGAAAGCAACUCAUUUUAUUGAGCUGUGCUGUCAGAGGAACAUUCCUCUACUCUUUCUUCAGAACAUUACAGGGUUUAUGGUUGGGAGAGAGUACGAGGCAGGUGGCAUUGCUAAGGACGGUGCGAAGAUGGUGACUGCCGUGGCUUGUGCUAAUGUGCCCAAGAUCACUGUAAUCAUUGGGGGAUCCUACGGCGCUGGAAACUAUGGCAUGUGUGGAAGAGCCUACAGUCCCCGGUUCCUGUACAUGUGGCCGAACGCACGCAUCUCCGUCAUGGGUGGAGAGCAAGCCGCAAAUGUUCUGGCCACCAUUAGUAAGGAUCAGAAAGCCAGGGAAGGGAAAGAAUUCACAGCAGAACAGGAGACUGCUUUGAAGGAGCCCAUUAUCAGACGAUUUGAGGAGGAGGGAAAUCCAUAUUAUUCCAGUGCCAGACUAUGGGAUGAUGGAAUCAUUGACCCUGCUGACACCCGCCUCGUCCUAGGACUUAGUCUGAGCGCUGCUCUUAACGCCCCCACACAGAAGACUCGCUUUGGUGUCUUCAGGAUGUGAGGCUACGGAGUAUCUCUCAAUUUCCUUGGGUUCUUCUGUGAUUAUGAAGAAAUUCAUUAAGUAAAAAAUUAUAUCAUGUAUAAUAAGCUAACUAGAAUAAAUAAAGAGUAAUUUUUGUGCUGCUUUUCAACUUCAUAAGAGGUGGGGUUCUUCACUACAAUAAUUACAAGACUAAUAUUAAGAGUCUGCUUAUCAAGUUCUGUAGCGAGCAGUCUGCAAGAAAUGUCCGUCAGAUGUUCAUGACAGUUCAAUUUUGAACACAAUACAGUGUGAUGGAUUUAUUAAGGAUAAUUGUUACUGUACAUGAUAAAAAAAAAUCAUACUUUCCAAAUCCUGUUGAUUCAUUAGUCAUUCUUAUGCCUGUAUCCCCACUUUGUGAACUGAGACAAAAUGAUCGUAUCCAGAGAGGAUGAGAAAGCGCAGAUGUGUUGCGUUCGAGCCGUCAAGCUGCAAAACACACAGGUCAUAGAUUAUAAUACAGUUCAUCUUUCAUAGGCAUGGCGAAACAGUAAUGUAAAAACUCAACUUACUGAUAUUUCAUUGAUUUGUAGACUUUCAUCCGUUUGUUCGAAGUCUAAAUAAGAAUUAUGUUAGUAUGUCAUUAAACAGAUUAAGACUGAUAUGUAGUUAUUUUGUACGGAAGAGAAUUAGACCCUCUAUGAACAAUAAAUUUGAGUUCUGACUUUUUCUUCAGAA